AUGAAUUUGAGUCAUAGUACAUGGCCGAUUAUAUUGGUCAACUACAACCUCCCGCCUUGGUUAUGCAUGAAACAAGAGAAUUUAAUUCUCUCGACAAUAAUAUCUGGACCCGAUUCUCCCGGGAACAGUAUCGAUGUGUUCAUGCAGCCCUUGAUUGCGGAGUUAAAGGAACUAUGGGAUGUUGGUGUCGAAACUUAUGAUGCCUUAGCUGGUAAGAAUUUCACUUUACGUGCAAGGGUAUUAUGGACAAUUAGCGAUUUCCCGGGGUAUGCCAUGUUGUCGGGUUGGAGCACAAAGGGAAAAUUCGCAUGUCCCGUAUGCCAUUACGAGACAUCUUCUAGUUAUUUAAAACAUAGCAGGAAGAUGUGUUAUAUGCACCAUAGGAAAUUCCUUGAACCCACACACAAAUGGAGGCUAGAUAAAAAAAGAUUUAACGGCGAAAUUGAAACUGGGAAGUGCCCUGAAAUUUUAACGGGAACUGAAAUUGAAGAGUUGUUGCGGGGGUUUGAAAACCAAUUUGGGAAGAAAAAAAAGAAACAGAAAAAAGUAAAAUCCCCUUUUAAAAAAAAGUCAAUAUUUUUUGAUUUGCCCUAUUGGUCUCAUAAUCCUCUUCGUCAUAACCUUGACGCUAUGCACAUAGAGAAGAAUGUGUGUGAUAAUAUCUUAGGUACUUUACUUAAUAUUGGGGGGAAAUCGAAAGAUCACGUAAAUGCUCGUUUAGAUUUACAAGAGAUUGGUAUUAGAAAAGAACUCCAUCCGGUUUUAUCUGCUGAUGGGAAACACCUCGAAAUUCGAGCUGCAAUAUUCGACAUGACAAACAAAGAGAAGGAGAUUUUUUGCAGUGUGUUGAAGAAGUCCAAACUGCCAUAUGGUUGUGCUUCUAACAUUAGCCGGUUUGUGCAAGAGAGGAAAGUCCUUGGGUAUAAAAGCCAUGAUGCUCACUUUAUUUUGCAUUAUUUGUUACAAUUCGCUGUGAGAAAGUCAUUAAAACCUGAGGUUGCCUUACCCUUAAUAAGGUUGAGUGCAUUCCUUAGGGGUUUAUGGAGCAAGGUAAUAAAUCCUACUGAUCUGAAGAAAUUGCAAGAAGAUAUCGUCGACAUUCUUUGCAAUUUAGAGAUUAUAUUUCCAUCUGCUUUCUUUGACGUAAUGAUUCACUUGCUUGUUCAUUUAUGUCGAGAAAUAGAAUAUGGUGGGCCAGAGCACCUUCGGAACAUGUUUGCAAUUGAACGCUAUCUUGCAAAGCUGAAAUCUUAUGUUCGUAAUCGAAGUAAACCUGAAGGUUCAAUUGCAGAAGGUUACUUGGCUGAGGAAUGCGUAACUUUCUGUAAUAGAUUUUUGGAUGAUGAUGGGGCAGCAGAAAAAAUAGACGGAAGCUUUCCAACACAGGUGGAAUAUCAUAUCGGAACAAGAAGGAAUAAAGAAGGGAAAAUGUUUCAUUUAAAAGAUGCAGAUUGGAAAGCAAGUCAUCGGUAUAUAUUGUUCAACUGCGAAAAUAAGGAAAUAGAGCAGUUGAUGAAGAAGCAUCAAGCUUUGUUGGAUGCUGAUGCAAAUUUAAAAAAAUACAAGAGGGCACGAACACACACUGAAGAGUUUGUCAACUGGUUAAAAGAAGAGGUUGGAAAAAUGGUUAAUGUUUCAAGAGAAUUGGAGGUGCUAGCAUUGGGUCCUAACCGAACAGCCAAGAGGUUUAGUGGUUAUGUAGUGAAUGGAUAUAGAUUCUACACAAUGUAUAGAGAUUCUCGAUGUACAACUCAAAAUAGUGGGGUUUUUAUGACUGCCGAAACCACUAGCUUUGCUAGUUCCAAAGAUCAAAAACCAGUAGUUGGGAAUGUAAACUACUAUGGAAGAAUAGAAGAAAUUUUAGAAAUUGAUUACUGGGGGGAAUUUACUAUGGUCCUAUUUAGGUGUUGCUGGUACCAAGAGGAAAAAGAUCCAUAUGGUCUAACUCGAGUGAACACUAGCAGAUUUUGUUUUAAAUCUGAUCCUUAUUGCCUGGCUUCACAAGUGCAGCAAGUAUUUUACAUUGAAGAUCCAACGGAAAAAUCAGUGAAUUAUGUUAUUAAAAAACUGCCACGGGAUUGGUGUGACACUGAAAUUGAGCUUGCAAGUGAGGAGGACUCGAACAAGCAUGUUCUGAAUGACAUAGACACCACUGCUGUACAAGGGACUGAAUUUAUCAAUAAGAAUUGGUGUAGAGAUGAUGUCCCUAUAAAACAAGUUUCUGUUUAA